AUGGAGGUGAGGGAUACAUCACACUGGCAUCGCAAAUGGAUUGUAUUACUGGGGAUACUAGGAUGGCUGUUCCUCUAUCGCUAUCGAGUCACGGGUUUCCUACUCUCCAAGGCCGUCACAUUCCAGUUAUCCAAAUCUCGUUCGCGCAAUUCCAAACUAGUUCCUGUUACGGUUAGAGUGGAACGAGUGUCCCUCCAGCCAUUAAGGUUUUUCAAUGUAGAGCUCAGUAGCAAUGGAUCCAGUUGCUGGCGUGUAAUCCUCACGAAAGUGGAAGUACAGAGCCACGUAAAGGAGUUCUUUGAAUCGUUCGGCCUUGUCAAAAUUUGUGUCUUGGCGAUUGAUGAAAUAAUUGGAGAUGUGGAGAAAAUCGAUGAAGAAGUGCUAAGGGAUGCUCUUUUACCCAAGAAAACAGUCGCGAGGGAUGGAGGCACUCGACCCAAAAUGAAUCCGAUUUGCUACAUGCGUUUUGUGGAUCUGACAGUGCAAAGUAUUCGGCUUCGAGUCAAUUGUAUGGAGACGAUGACUAAGUUCUUGUGUCAAGGACUUUACGUUGGAAUCACCGACGUGUUUGUGCAGCGCGACAUGUUACAGCUGAAGGUGCAAACAAAGUCGAUGGCUAUCCACAGCUCUCCUCAGGUUGACGGCCAAGUGGCAACGAAUGACGAAAGCGACGGAAGUGAUGGUCUGCGUGUGGAUAUCCCUAACACCAGUGCUGUUUUGGACCUAAACUUGCGGAACCAGCGCUUCCUUGGGUGUAAGGUGACUGGGUGUGAAGAGCAGACAACCAGCUUCACGGUCUCGACUGCCUUUUUAGAGCGUGCGCUUACAGCAAGGAAUGAAGUUAUCCGAAAGGGAUUAGCUGUUGUCGGCGAUGUGAAAUCAAAUCGUUCGGGAGAUUUUGCUGUACCGCCAGUUACUCCAUCUGAGAUUGAGAUUGACAACUUUAGUAUCAGCAUUACAGUUGUGAACGAAGUGGAACCUGGUGGACUUAUCCCAAUACAAUUCUGCGCUGACGUUCGCAAGCUGAGAAUUCUGAAACAGCUCGAGUCCUUGAAUGAGAGUUGCACUGAAAACGAAGUCUUGGAAUCUCCAGCAACACGUGACGAAGUGAGGAUUCAAGUAGAAGCUCUGGUCCGGAACGCGCGUGUUCACAACCUAGCAUCAAAAAGAAAAAUGGUAUCCGUGUGCUCCAUCGAGGUACAUGCAAAGCAAACAGCGCUGAAUCGCGGACUUCUUACCGGAGCUUUCGAAAAGAUUGAUAUCUUCUUGAGUCACCGCUCUGAGAAGAUAUUCCGCUCUUUAAUAGCAGCUCAGGAACGUGUGAAAAAAUGUCAGGUCGAAGCUAAAAGGAUGCUAUAUCCAAGCAUAAUAGCUAGCGAUCGACUCACAGCGCACGAGAAGAAAGACCUCAUUAAUUGGGAUGCUGAAAUCGAAGUUACUGCUUGGAUGCUGUCAUUCAAAGCCUUCGCUAAGGGCGGUGGAACAGACGACUUCACUGUUUAUGGAAUGGCUACAUCGAUCCAAACUCCACUAGCUCCCGUUCGAGGAGAUAAUGGCUCGUCGUUCAUCAUACGCUCUAUAGCAGUUCAGCACAUUACUGUUGACGUGGCGCCAAAUGGACUUAACCCGCAUUCGGCGGUUUUUGGAGGGGUCAAAUUGAGUCCAAGUACUUGUUUAGACCCAGCUGAAAAAGCCAAAACAACUGAAAUGUCUGUCAAGUUCGAGUUCGUCUCGAUCAAUGGUUUACUUCCGGAUAAUCGCGAAAACUCUAGUCGAUUCCCAGCGAUAUAUCUUCACGACGUGAAAGUCGAUCGUAAAGAAAAGAUAACAGACGAAGUCUCAGAAGUGGAUAUGGAUAUUCACCUGGAGAAUACCAACGUGAAAUGGCCCUACCGGGAACACAAGGAGUUUUUACUCGAAUGGGCCGCGACUAAAAACAUAAUUGAUCAGCUGGAUUUGCUACUGUCAAGUUCGUCAAAGAAAAUUCGGACACCAACUGACCAAGCAGUACCGAAAAUACUGAGUACAAACGUUUACUCGAAAGACACAGCUAUAGAUGUGAUGGAUAUCCCAGGUGUGGCACCCUCAGCCGCUUUUUGCCUAACGGAAACCAAGGUGAAUCACCGAGCAACGCAGCUAUGUGUUACCACUGCAUUCAACUCGGCAAACGCGAGUGUAUGUUGGGGAGAGAAGCCGUCAGCAAUUACGUUGACCAAUGUUUCUUUCCAGAACAGAAGCAGUAUUGGGCGACAAAGGUACCUGACCAAGGUCCCAAUUCAAAGCGACAUUAGAUGCAGCUCACUGAAAGCACAUCUUCGUCCUCAAAGUCGAAUGUUACUUCUGUUUCUGCGUCUCGACCAACUCACCAGUGGAUCAUCGGACAAGACAAAUGCCGUAAAACAAACUUCUGUUCAAGGGAUCUCUUUCGUUUGUGGGAAAUUUACAAUUGAGCUGGAAGAUGCAAAAAAUGAGACUGCAAGUAUUGAGUUUGACAACCUUGGCGUCAAAAUGACUCGAUGCACCCCACGAGAAGUUCCAGAAACCAUCACUCGGGUUUCUCAGUGUCUGGAGACGGAACUUACUGGACGGUCUUUUGCUGAAGUUGCACAGCAAGUUAUGACUGUGGAAGGGACAGCUUCUGCUAGUGCAAUUACAGCUGUGAUACCGUUGAAAAGGUUGGUUGAGUUGCAGGACACAGAGCUGCAUUUCUCGAUUACAGACGUCGAGUGGAGUCGAUUGUUGACAUGGGAAAACGACUUAGUAGUGCCGCGUACCACGAGUUUUGACUUAAGCAUGUUGACAGAGAGAAUUCACUUGGCCAUGGAGAGAAAACUCUUUGAUUCUUUGUUCCGCUUGAUCCCCAUUCUUCAAGAAGCUUUCGAUACCAAAGAACCGCAAAUACAUGAUGAAACCAUAGCUGAGCAGCCAAAUUUCCGCCUACGUUUCGUUGGGAACGUCGACAUUGCUUUUCAAAAUGCUGAGCUUACGUGUCCUUAUGGUGAUAAAGAUGGUCGAGAACAAAUUGGGAGUAAAGUGACGCGGGUUCUUCUCGGCGAAGUAGCGUUUAAUCUGCGCCAGUUCCAAGUCAUGGGGUUCAAGUGUUCUCCUCUGCGUGUCAUGCUCGAAGACGCAGACUUCAUUGAACGCAUCGACACGAGGAUUCGUAGCGGUGAUGACUCAUUGCAGCUUCUUUUUAUCCCCGAAGUCAGCGUCAGCACAUUUAUCCACUGGCAGCACGGGAUUCAUUACGCUGGCCAGCUCCAGUUUGCCUUGUCUUCAGAAAUCGCACUGGGACAUACACACUCGUACGAUCCGCCAACUCACGUUCCUAUUGUGGAUGAAGCUCUAGUGUCUUUGAACUGGGAUUGUGUGGUCCCCUGGCUCAUCUACAUGAUAACCGACGAUAAUGGCGAAUAUCCCGUUGAAAACUCGAUCAAAGCGAGUUCAGAUGAAGCCAAACGCGUACAAUGUGUGGGCGUACAAUGGGAUUUAUCCGUCAAUUCAAUCCAGUUCGCUUGGUGGGAUACAGCGACACAGGACAUCGGAAUGCUUGUAGUGGCGAACGAGUUUCUCACACAUGGGCUGAUACGACUAGAUAGCUCGGAAUCAGACGAUGUGAAGCAGGAAUGGAAGCUCUGGGAGGCGACAGUGUAUCUUCAUUUGUUCCGAGGAUAUCUACUCCAUGUCGAGGACGACUUUGUCGCUGGUGAGAAGAGUAUUCCUGAAAUUCUACCUUUCGGAUCGGAAAUGGCAUCAAACUUCUCGUUGGAAACAGUUGGAACCAGUUAUCGAAACUCGUACACGCCUGAUGAGGACGAGAACUGGGAAGUUCUCGAUGAACAAGUGACCGUGAUGUUCGCUCCGUCAAACGCGACUAUUUUCGAGAAAAUGCACGACGCAUUUGUCCCGAUUGAUUACGAGUUCGGCAUCUCAACUCGUCCGAAACUUGUAAAGCAAGACACCCCAGCGAUACGACUUCCAAUGCUACAUGUUCCGAGCUCCGUGCGGAGAUCUUCUGCAGCGAUUUCUCCGCCUAAAUCGCCCCGAUCUGCUAAAAACUGGACGCAGAACAUUAAAAGCAAAUUGUCACUACUCAAUCGCCGAUCUGCUUCGAUGGAUAAUCUCUUCCUGAAAGACGGGUCUUGUCCGAUUCAAGUGGAUUCCAUGAGGCUCCUCUGGACGCUUCAAACUCGAGACAGCGUUUUUUACAUGGUUUCUACGACGGUUGAUAGUCUUCGAUUGAUCUUGGACACUAAACGAAAUGCUGGAAACAUCGACGGAGCACGUGAUGUGGCUGAACCAGCGCCACUUUCGCCUCCGAAGCGAACAAAACGCAGUAGCUUUCGACCUCCUUCCGUCGUGUCCAAUAGCUCCGAUGUCGACACUAGUGACACCAUCGUUAAGACCGCAAGAUUCGGAAGUCGUCGAGGCAGCACUCGAGAUACGCUGCUAGACUUAUUGCAGCAAGGAAAACUCGGUAUGACCCAGGAAGACCGCGAAUCAUCGUCAAAAUCUAUCGACGAAGAGUCUGAGUCGACACGUGAAAGUAUCGGUGAAGACAGUAGCGACUAUGCCGCUCCAAAAACCGCGAUUGCCAUGAAAGCUUACACUGUCGAUAUCCACGACGUACAGAUCAAUGUGCGCGAAGAAAACACACGAAGUAACGUGCUGGUAGCGUCCAAGCACAUCCACUUUGAGAUCGGCACUGAUGCGAGCGAUACCAACACAAUUGCGAAUGUAACUUUCGACAAUGUUACGGCUCAUGUGGCUCCAAUUGACGUGGAUAUUUCAGCAGGUGUGUUGUGGUACUCGCACUCUAAUACUGGUCCAGGUUCGGCCUUGCUGAAGCAGAUUAUGGAGGAAUGCUCUCUCACCAGCUCGUACACGCACACACAAAGUACCGGCGCCACUAGCACCGAAGUAGAUUUGUCGUUCUUGCAGCCCUCCACUGAUAGACAUCAGUUCUAUCAGCUCAUGAACGUGAUUCGACAUGUGCUGCUAGCGCCACCGUCAGUAGCCAGACGACCCAAGCGCACGUACACUCCGAGAACGUAUUCAACCGAGUCUCCGUUUCUGAUGGAAGGCAGCGACAUCACGGUAUUCACCCCACCAACUACGACAAACACCUUGGCAGCGUCGACUUCAGCGAAAAAACUCCACGUUCUGCUCGAAGAAGAGUUGAGAAAUAGAGAAAUACGUACACGAGGGACGUCUUCCCGGUCCAAAGCGACAGCACUGAAAGCGAUUUCGUUCAAAGUCGUCGGGAUGCAGUGGAAAUUGCGGUUAAGUCCCGAAAUUACUGGCGCUGAUCACGAGUUUGUUGGGAUUCGCAUCACGGGGUUCACAGGUUGCCACACGUACUUUACCAACCACUGUACCAAGCUAACGUUGAAUCUCCAAUGGCUUGAGAUAAAUAACUUGCACCCCGGGCCUUCAUCAGUUGCUUUCGAGGACCCCACUGCAGUGCUGAAGGCGAAACUUCUUGUCGAUAAACGCCUUGAGAGCAGCACCACUGGAAACCAGAAGGGAAUGCUGGUCGUUCGUGCAGAAAGUGGGCCGAUCGUACGAGUUCAUGGCCAGAAACUGCGAGUCCUGGAAGUCUUGGAAGUCAGUAUGUUCCCAGAAGUAUCCAACAUGAUCGUCAUCCAGCUCGCAGCAGAUUUCUACGAACUCAUCUACAAAUUCUUCUUCGAGAACAUUUCUCCAACUCCGCAGAACUCCGAGCAAGUGUUUCUGGGUCGAAAGUCCACCUACGGACCAGCGUCACCCACAGCAUCGAGCAGUACGUCAUCGCUGGGUCCAAAAGGUGGCAGCUCUCCCUUCACCAAGUCUCGGAUGUCUCAAACUUCACCACAAAACUCGCUGCGUCCGCUGCGCAAGAGCAACUCGGCUAACAGUAUGGUUGCUGAGUCUGCUGGACCAAACUCCCCGAAUUCUAUCUCCAGUACUGACGAGAUACCCGACGAAAGCGACUCGACAGCUACGGAUGACUGCGAGUUGUUUUACGUAAAAUACGUGCGAGUGGGGAACGUUCGUCUGCGAAUCAACUGCAAUGGCUUCUUCGUCAACUUGAGUAACUUCGACUUGGAUCUCCCGCCGUAUAUUUGCCAGAGCAAACUCUGUACGAGUAAAAAGCUGCUCCAGAAGUUUGAGUCGCAUCUGAAAUGGUACAUCACGAAGGAAAGCGCUUCAUCAGGACUCUCCCAGUUCAAGAACAAACUGCUCAAAUGGACUCCGGCAUCUUCGUCUACGGAUGGCAAGAAAAACGACAAAAGUAAGAAGCAAGAGGAAGAUACGGCGGCUGCGAACGCCCAGGUCUUGUUCGGGCCAUACUCCGGGACAUCAACAUAAGCCAAGUUCAUGUAUUUUGGCUAAAACACACACGAUAUGUGGCACAUUUCGGCGUACCAAUGCGACGAAAUGGUGCCGUCACGACUGAAUUCUUACAAAAUGCACUCGAGGCACUCCUUGAUGCGUCGGAUGAAGUUAAAAGCACCUGUGUCACGGGGCUAGCAGGCAAAUAUACCGGUUAGAUACACUGAAUAACUACUAAACUAAAC